AGUUAUCCUCAGUCAGAAUGUCCCAAUUGUUCGUCUGUAUUUUGAGUAUUACCGUUUGAGGUUCUUGAAAAUUUUGCAUUGAAAAAUGCAACUGAUUAAACAAUCUGCGUUAUAUCUUUGUACAUAUUUUGUGCCAUCAUCAACAUAACGAAUUGUUUGUAUUUCUAUUUCAAAAUCGAGCGACAUUUAAUAUUAUGACUUCAUUUAGAUAAAUCCCAUUUCACCACCAACCUAUGUUGUCACGACAACAACAAUGAAUCGAGAAGAAGGUUUGAAAGCUUUGGAAACAUCUAUCAAAGCCAUUGAAGAAGUCAUUAUGAACAAGAAAGGAACAUUUGUUUUACAACAAGCUCCAAAGGUUGUCACAGAUAUGGAUGAAGCAGACUUUGCAAAGGAACUGGAAAAACUUGAACAUCAAAAUGCAGAAGUUGACAGUGAUGAUGAUAAUCCUGAUGAUGAAGAACAAGAUGAAGCAUAAAUAAUUGUGGUUUGUUUUAAAACAUUUUCAGAAAGAAUGAUAGAUUGGCCGGCAAGUGCUAAUUUAAUAACAAAGAAGUUAAACUUUAGCCUCUCUUGAAACACCAUUCGGACAUCAAUUUUUUCUUGUGACUAUUCAAAAUAAUAUUUCACGCCCAUGUUCAAUGUCUGUGCGAAAAUUUUUAUAGGUUUGUUUAGGUUAAAGUGAAGUCUAUAUGAGAAAUUAAAAUUGACAGUAGUUUGAGCCUCUGUGAUUGAGUAUAUCUUACUUGUGUAUCCAAUAUUUAUCCAAGUAUAGUUAGUAGUGUACUGUGUUACACAGUGGAGUGUCUAGCCUCUAAAAUUGGAAGAGUAAUAUUUAUAUAUGAAUACUUUGAUCAUA